AUGGGAGAUGCCUUCCCCAGGCUUGAUCCCAGGGCGUUUGCCAUGGAGCAAGAGAGGGCCUUGCUGUCGCCAGUCUUCGAUGAACACGCCCGGCCUCCCAGCAUGCCGGCCCUCGUGGUUCACGUCGAGAUCCAGUUCACAGACCCCGUCAUCAGAUCCAGGUACUGCCGCAGCUAUGGCAGCUCGCCGGGCUUUCACGCCACUAACAGGAUAUGUCGCGGUCUUGUGCGUCGGAUCGAGCGCUGCUCAGAAGAACUCCUCACUCGCAAAGACUCUGGCGCGCUCGAGAUAAUCAAAGACGGCAGCUACGAGCGCAAACCGCAAAGGUUCGAGAUGACAUUUCGGGUAAUGCGCAGAGGGCAGGGCGAAUGGGCCGAGAGAACAUACCGUUCUUAUCAGAAGCAGCCCCUGACCGUCGAUGCGACCAAGGACAUCAUCCUGGCAAGCCACAGGAUAGUCGGCCUCUUUCUACGCCGCCACGACCAGGACUUUCAAUGGCUCAACUGCCCUAUUCCUGACGCAGACUCCCAAAGAAGUGAAACUAUCAUAGCAUCCAGGGAUAGUCCCCUGUCUCUGCUGUCCGUCCCUCGAUCGCGUUUCAUCGAAGCUACCCAGGAGUUUGAGUUUGUACCAGGAUACGCUAUCGAACUCUGCUUUCGGAGUAAGAAUCCGCGACGGAGAAGACCACUGUUUGAGAGAAGGAUCAGGGUUAGCAGCACGCAAACUACGCCUUUGACCCUUUUCAUGAGUGAGGAUCUGCUUUGGAAGGCUUUGCAAGCUCUCAACCAGGGGUUGGACACUAAGAAACAAGAGCUCGACGACCGACUCCGGGAGACCGGCCGAGAGGAUGACCUACAGUUCGAUCAAGAUGCUCUCGAGAUCGAUCUCCGCGUCACUAACAACCUGGGUCCCGUGUACAAGCAUGUGCACAGGAACGUGAAGAGCCGGCUUGCCCUGUUCAGAGACAUGGAGGCCAGAGACUGCGAGGAAUUCCUUCGCAACGUUGAGAACCUCCUCAUCUCCGCCAGGAAUGAAGCAGAUGCCAAGAUCAAUGCCCUGAACGACCUUGAAAUUCGAAUCGUCGAACUCAAAGGCGUGGGCUGGUCGGUUCGAGAGCCGGCCAAGUUCACUCUCGGCCCAUCAGCAUCCUAUGGGCGGCGGACGAUUCAAGCAGUACUCGACCGCAUCCAGGCCGGCAUUGCUGACAUUAUACGUGGCCACAACGUCGCUAUCCAUAUCACCGCCUAUAAACGAGGACACCUUGUUUUGGACAAGGCCAUUGUCGCGCACGAGAAGCAUGGAAAACCAAUUGAGACAUUCCCAUCGGCGCAAGAAGCGCAGUCAGCCUGCGUCUCGAGACUGAAAGCUCGAAUACAACAGGAUAUGGACAAGGUGCUCGACGACUCGUGUGCCAUCGACGAUAUACCCGAGGACGAGCACGACGACUUUGUGCGCCCCUUGACACCUGCGUGGGCCAACCAAGCUCUGACCGGGGCGCAGGUCUCGCCCGGUUCUCCACCGUCAUCCCCAAUGAGCCUGAGAUCCGGACCAACCCGGACGGCAACCAGCCCCAUGCAAACACCUGCGAGGCCACGUAUCCAGCGAGUAUUCUCGCUUUCUCGUCGUUCAUCGGAGUCGGUGAGGUCAAUUGAUUAUCUUAGGAGGAAUCAAGACUCAAAUGUCGGUGAGGAUAGCCGGCCAAAUACUGCAGCCAGCGAGCGGAAUUCCAGUCAACAUCCGGGCGGACAGACUGCGCCCGAAGACCGGGCGCCACUCAUCAUCGUGGCCGAAGUCAAGCCUGCGCAGCGAUCGUUUCCCCUUGUCUCCAAAACACCAGAAACGCGCGCCGGCGAUGACUCGGCCAUUCUCGUUGCUCAGCAAGCAGCAGAGAACAAUGACAGAGAGGCUUGUAGAGGAGGCCAUAACAUGAAGGUAGCACCGUCAGAGACAAAAGGCAGCUUCAGCCAGGAUUCGAUGACGUCGAGUGAGGCGGGGGAGAGCUUUACCAGCAGUUGUCCAGGGAGCGACCUUGCAGAGAGCUUCGGUGCCGACUUCGCCUCCGACCGCACAGGGCCGCAGGCCACGGUGCCGUCCCAGAAUGACAAUGACGCCGGCUCAAAUGUUCUGCCACCAGGCCGCAGAACCAGACCGCCCAAUAUGGACACCCCUGAAGCCUUUGUUGAUGCCCGUGAGUACGCCGCCAGCCCGGCGUGUGACGGAAUGCUUCAGCCCGAGAUUCCGAGCCCUCUCACCCGUGGCACAAGUCCCAGGUACGACGAGUACUCAACGGCUCCGUCAACCCCCGAGUUAAGCACGGGCGGUUCUUCACCGAGACACAGCAUAUUGAUCACCCCGACCUACAUUCGGACAGAGGCAGAUUUCAAAGAACCCGCUGCUGCUCAUGCUUUCUACCCGGAAUCCGAGCCUGAAGAGCCUGGCCACCCGGCACCUGAUGACUACCCGAUAAGCGACUCCAAGUUUGGCCCUCUGCUUCAACCCGUUGCAGCAGCAUCGAAACCUGCAGCGCAACGAUCUGACGUUGAUGAGUCUGUUGAUGCACCCUGUCGCGGUGUGGCGGCAAGCCCCGAGCCAAUGGCCGAGGCGCCACACCAGCGCCAGGGGACUCCUGAUGGCAAACCAUCCACACCGAUGUAUCCGUACACAAGCCCAUUUACCCCUUUUUCAGAGUCGGACACGACGAAGGAGCAAACCGUCUCAGAUUGCAAAGACCUCGGGGCCGAGUUCAAUGCGGGUUCCGUCUGCCGUUACCUUGCGCCUGCGCCGGACUUCCCCACCUCUGAAGUCCGGGGGUCGGAACCGAACGAGGCGUUGGAUACCGGUUCAAUUGAGAGCCGGCAUGAAGAGCUUGUGAAUCCAGGAGAGGCUUCUGUGAGCGACGAACCCGGCAUUGAACUCGGCACCGCCGCCGUGGCCGGGACCGAGGCCGCACAGGACAUUAUAGGGGGAGAUGGCCCCGAGAAGGUGCCGGAAGUGCUUAUCUGGAGUCCCCGAGACGAGCAACACGGAGCCGAACCGGCUGCGGUCCCGUCGGAUUCCAAUGUGGAGGGCGGAAUUAGCCUCAGAAGCCCAGAGGACUCGGUCGAGGGAGACGCAAAGGAGGAGGAAGCCCCGAGGAGCAAUGCCGGGCCCGAAUCUGCAAACGACACCCGACAUGACGUCGGCAACUACAGUCCCGUCGACGGGGCCGGACUUGUCGCCGAUGAACUAGAGCAGCAGCAGCAGCCCGUAACCGAGGAUGUCCGUGACGGGGAUGGUGUUGACGUUCAAACACCCGGAGUCUCCCUCGACGAGGAACCCCUGGAGAAGCAGGGACCCAGUUCUGAUUCCGAAGUCUCGCAUGCGGAACCCGAAGACGGGACUUCGGGCACAGUUGCUGAGGUCGUCGAUGAAGAUCAAUCAACUUCCAAGAUUGAAGCGGAUGCAUCGGGAACAGACGCUGCGGUUGACAACCUCCCACCGAAGCCAGAACCAGACAUCACGGACCCGUCCACGGCACUGACGGGUGCCGAGACCAAGGAGGAUGGCGAUCUUGACGUCGAACGGGAUGCUACAGCGGACGGGGCCGAAACCGAGGUCGAGUAUGACAACGAUGUUGCGGUCGGGACCGCGGCCCAGGAUACAAGUCCAGAGGCCUCGGGUACCGCACCGGAAUCCGGUGAUACCCACCGAUCAGACGGAGCGAAUGAUCUGGACGAGUUGAUCACUGUUCCAUUCGUGGCCGACGGCACCGCGGGUAACAGUACGGAACCUCACACCACCAGUGAGGCCGUUGACCUGGAAAAUGACCGGAUUGAGUCUUCCCCGGUUCCGUCUGCGACUGAUGCUGCCGAACCCGACACUGCAGAGUCACCUGUCAGGGAUGAGUUUGUUGAGCAAGCAGAUGACUCGGUCAAAGUCUGGCCAGGUUCUGAGUCGGUUGGGAUGGAGACGAUAACCGAACCUGGCGAGACUCCACAAACCUUCGAGGAACAGCUCGCUGAAGAGGUCGAGGUUCGAGCCGAUGAGACUGGUGAAAAUGCCCCGGAUCUCGUAGCCGAGAUCUUGGAGCCCGAUAAUGGAGAGGUGGCAAUUCCGGAUGCUGGCUUUCCCAGCGAGAGAUCAAUUGACGCCGCGCUUGAGUCUAAGGAGCAGACUUUCGCACAUCCCGCUGCCACCGAGACAUCCUCACAACUUCCUGAGGUCCAGGAUGGGGACAUCUCAGCCGAAAAGGAAGAGCUUCGCCGAGUCACAGAGUCUCAAACCGAGGAUGUGGACGGGAAUAACAAUGAGGACGCCGAGUCGAGACUGGGAAUGCCGAUCGGCGGUCAGUUCGACAAUUCUGUUGAACAGGAAGCCGGCAAAGAUCUCCUCGUAGAAGUUACAGCUACAGAGGCUGAGGUCGAGAUCCCAGACCUGCCCACCGAGGAUGAACAGCCGCCCGCCGCGGCACCGGCCAUUCCAGCCGAAAGCGCCAUAACCUCCGCUUCCGCUCUCGUGGAGAACGAGCUCGACGACUCGGGUACUAUCCCCUCCCCCUCUGAAACGAGCCUUCGACCGUCGAAAACCGAGGUCCCUGCCUCGAAGCCCUCACCCCGGUCCCAGGCACAUUACCCACCGCUAGCACCGGUCCCCAUUCCCGACAUCAGCCUCCUCUCCGCCACCCCUCCUCCUCCUCCUCCUCAAACGAGCUUCUCCUCUUCGACCCGGGACAGCGACACAUCCUCCUUCAUCUCCCGCACCACCAGCACCACAACAACAACAACAACAGCCCGCGACUCUAUCGACACCCUGCGUCUCUCAACCGACCUAGUUCGCCCACCUUCCCCAUCCCUCCAAUCCACCGAGGCAACGACACAAAUCCCACCGCUUGUAGCCAGCCGACCCCCAACAGCGGGCUACCUCGGCCUGCACGGCGAGUCGACCAGAUGUUUUGCCGGCAUCAAACUGCACGCCGCGGGGUCAUCUGCAGAUGGAGAUGGUGAUGCCACCGCUACCGCUCGGCGUAGGCUCAGCCUGCCGCUGUACAUGCUAGAUCAUCACCAUCAGCAGCAGCAGGAGCAGCAGCAGGCAGCGGCACUUGACAACAUUGAGUUUCUCGAGGGUUGCACGAGGCUGCCGCGGAGAAGCGCUCCUCCUGCUUCUGAGGCAGGCUGGGGUAGUAGUAUUGGCAAGGGCUGGGGGUUUAGGAAUAGGCACCAGAGGAAGGAACAGAGGACGCAGGAGGAGACUGGGAAUAGUGAUAAUGAGCGUGCUAACGGUCACGGUAACGAUGAUGGAGGAGAACCGGUCUUGCCAAAGAUGAUGCUGUUGUUGGCUGGUGCGGUGGCGAUUGGGAAUAUUAUGAAAAGGGCUUCCAUCUGA